AUGUUGCAAUCGCGGAAAUUCUACCUUGCCCUCUUUGGCGCUGUCGCAUGGUCGAGCACUGCUGCAGACUCAAUUCUGUCCCUCUUGGAGGCGGCAUCCUUCUCCUCCACUCAGUCAUCGCUAGUCAACAUUGCUGCCGUAGCAGGCACAUUCGAUGUCGUCUCCUUUUGCUGCAUUGGUCUCUACACUGUUCAUCAUGUCGGGAGCAUACGAGGGGCCCUGGAGCGGUCAGGCCAGGCAAGAAACAUUCUCGUAUCCAUCAUCGUCUUCGUAUCUGGCGCCGCAUUACUCGUCACCCUCGUAUUGAUCAUUAUGAUCAAGUCGAGAUGGGCAGAGGUCACCGCCGGUCCCACCGCCGCACCUGUUUAUAAUUGGGACAGCCACGUCUCUGGUCAAAUAGCGUCAUGGGUCAUCUCUUGCGUCAGUCAACUUGCCCUCUACUCUUCGCCAUUUUGGAACGACAAGGCGCCAAAUGUUCAAACAGUCGUCACAUCAGGCCCCCGUGAUUCCGUCAUGAGCGAGUUUCGAUCGUCGCGACCUGACAAACUCAACUUGGAAGAGCCCACCCGACCGUUGACACCGCCAUCAGGAGCCUACCAGAGGCCUGAGUCUAUGACAGCAUUGCCUUCGCCCACCUUUUCCACUCGGUCGUCUCAAUCGCUCAGGUCAUUUCGCGAGUCGCUACGCCACGUAGUUCGCCCCGUUACAUCGCGCACAACCCUGAUUAGCCAAAAGUCCUUCACCAGAGAAGCGCCAAACAGCAUCUACUCCAACCGACAGUCGCUCGAGACCAUUUCUCAAUCAGACGGAUUCGAUAGCUGGGACACUAGCAGCGUCAGCCUUCCAGCACGCGAGUCUGUACUACAACAGACUGCGCCAUAUCGGACCACCACUCUUGAGCCGAUCCCCGGUAGUCGUCCAAACUCGCCUGCUCGGGCGUUGGAUGGUCCGUUCCUGUCUGAGCUCCCAGAGGAAGAGGAUGAAGACCUAGCACCGCCUCCCAAAAUGAUGCCCGACAUUUCUCGACCACCCAGCCCAGCGGUCAGCGAAGCCCAUAUCCAUCCGCUUUUCAGGUCAGAGAGUCCGUCAGGCCUGCCACCUCCAGCGGCGACUCCUGGCACUAGCAUCCUGGCUAGCCCUUUGUCCACCGAAGCUAUUGCAUGCCCUUCGCGAAUGUUCAACCGGAUGAGAUCAAACAGUGGGAGGAGCCAAGCGACAGGCGCCCCCUCCAUUCGUCAAGCUAGAAGUUUCAUCCGCGAUCCAGGCGCGAGCAUUCGUUCCAUGUCAAGAAGCCCGUCUCCCCCAAGUCGUGCCAUCACACCUCCGAUUCCCGACUUUGUGCUCAACUCUUCGCCACGAAGCAGCACGAGCGGCUCCCGAAAAGUCAGCUUGAGGCAUUCCCCUAAUCACUGA